UUCCACUGAUGGUGUAUAUUUUAGCUGCAGUAUUGAAAUACGAGAACAAUGUUAUGAACAUUCGGCAGUUCAACUGUUCUCCGCAUCCUUACUGGCUACCAAAUUUUAUGGAUGUCUUUACUUGGUCCUUGCCUUUUGUUGGUGAGAAAGUGACAGAGAUGUUGGUGAAUGUUCUAAAUAUCUGCUCUGAUGAUGAACUCAUGACAGAUGGAGAUGAGAUAUUUGAUGCAAAUGCAGCUGCCGCUCGUAAAGAGGUCAUCAGGAAUAAAAUUCGAGCCAUUGGCAAAAUGGCAAGAGUAUUUUCUGUGCUCAG